AUGGGAAGGUCACCAUGCUGCGACAAGGUGGGGUUAAAGAAAGGGCCAUGGACAGCAGAGGAAGACCAGAAGCUCUCGGCUUACAUUGAGCAACAUGGCCAUGGAAGUUGGCGUGCCAUGCCGGAAAAAGCUGGGCUCCAUAGAUGUGGGAAGAGCUGCAGAUUGAGGUGGAUAAACUAUCUAAGGCCAGAUAUUAAGAGAGGAAAGUUCAGUUUGCAGGAAGAACAGACCAUCAUUCAAUUGCAUGCUCUUCUUGGAAACAGAUGGUCAACCAUAGCAGGUCACUUGGCUAGGAGAACUGAUAAUGAGAUCAAGAACUACUGGAACACCCAUCUCAAAAAGAGACUAACCAAGAUGGGUAUCGAUCCGGUGACUCACAAGCCGAAAACCACCGCCCUCGGCUCCGGUCAGGCAAAGGACGCCGCCAACCUCAGCCACAUGACUCAGUGGGAGAGUGCUCGUCUUGAAGCUGAAGCAAGACUAGGCCGAAACUCCGAACAGGUCUACAAUCCUUAUAACCCCCAUCUCCGCCUCUCCGCUUCCGCUCAACUCCUUAACAAAGCCUUGGUUCCACCACCCCCAACACCGCCAUCACGAGAACUAGCAGUGACACCACCUCUUCACGUACUAAAGACAUGGCAAGAGGGGUGGCUAAAUUCAAAACCUAAAACAGAUAUUGCCAUUCCGGGUGGCUUUUUAACUCCCGCCGGAAGUCUUGAGUCUCCGAUCUCCACAUUUAAUUCUGCAGAGAACACGUUCACGAACCCUAGUAAUGGAUUCGCUAUCAAUUCAAUGGCAACAAUAAACAACUUCGUCGAGAACUCAGACUCGAUCAAAGGUGGUGGGAUGAUAAAAGGAGAUUUCCAGUACCCCGGAAAAUCGAACAACGAACUCCAUGAAAAGAUUGAGAGUUCUUCAGUGAAUUUUGCAGACAUGGCAUACCCAACUGGUGAUAUUGACUAUCUGGGGCUUCAAAGUUUUAUGGAAGGCUUUACUUACAUGCUGGUCGAUAAUGGUGAUGGCCAUAACUCAUCAUCAAACACUGUUGGCCAAUCUGACAUUGAAGAGAACAAGAAUUAUUGGAAUAGUGUUCUAACAAAUUUGCUGAACUCUCCACCAGCAGGUUCUCCAGUACUGUUCUAG